AUGAUGUCCCUCUGGGCUCUGUGGCUGCUCUGCCUGGCUGCUCUGCACAGUCACCUAAGGUUCUCCUCAGCACAUGCCAACGACCAAAAACCUCUCUUAUUAGACAGAGAUGGGAAGCUGAAGGAUGCAAAGGGUGCUGGAGAUGUGCAGUCUGCUCUGCUGGGAGCCAUCUCACCUGUGCCAGAUCCAGCGCUGGCCCAGGUUACCCAGGACAACUUGCAGGGGUUUGAUGGAUCCAUGUUACCUUUCCCUACUACCCUGCCAGGCACCAGCAAUGAAUUGAACCCAGAUGAUGAAGUCCUAGCUGGGACUGUGGGCUGUCAUGAACAGCAGCCAUCUGGGGACAUUGCCUCUUCUGAAGAGGAAGGAGAGGCUGAAGACAACAGCUGUGAGUUGACUUUGAAGAAGAGACAGAGGCUAGCAGAUGGCUUGAUGAGAUUCAGCAUCGAUCUCCUGAGAGAGGUCCAGCUGGAGCCCAACAGCACCAACGUGAUCCUGUCACCCCUCAGCAUCGCCCUGGCCCUGUCUCACCUGGCUCUGGGAGCAGCGAAUGAGACAGAGAAGCAUUUGCUGGAGGUGAUGCACCUGCAGUCGGUGCCCUGUCUCCACCACGUGCUGGGCACCCUGCGCAGCAGGCUCACAGAAUCCACCCUCAGCCUUGCAUCACGUCUGUACCUGCAGAAAGGGUUUGAGGUCAAAGAGAAGUUCCUGGAGGAUUCAGAGAAAUUCUAUGGAGCAAAGCCUGUGACCCUUUCUGGGAUCAGUAAGGAUGACCUCCUAGCCAUAAACGAGUGGGUAAAGGAAGCAACGAACGGGCAAAUACCAACCUUCCUGCAGCAGCUCCCUGCAAGCACAGUGAUGCUCUUGCUCAAUGCCAUCCAUUUCCACGGGUUUUGGAGGAACAAGUUUGAUGCCAGCUUCACUGAGCCAGAUGUAUUUCACCUUGACAAUGAUUUCAUAGUCCCAGUUGAGAUGAUGAAAUCUCAGAAGUACUCCUUGAGCUGGUUUACACUGGAGUCUCAGGACAUUCAGGUGGCCAAGUUUCCCUUUAAGAGUAACAUGAGUUUUGUGGUCAUUGUGCCAAACCAGUAUACUUGGAAUGGGCCUCACGUGCUGGAGAACUUCUCUUAUAAACAAUUAUGCAGGCUUUUUCCCAGAGAGGUACCCACCACAGUGAAGAUCCCCAAACUAAAACUGGACUACCAGCUGGAACUCAACAAGGUUCUCAGUCGGAUGGGCCUCCAGGAGCUCUUCACAAGUCCAGAUCUUCAGAAGAUCACAGAUGAGCCUCUCCUUGUAUCCAGUAUACAGCAUCAGUCCACCCUGGAGCUUAAGGAAGAUGGGGUGGAAGCAGCUGCUGGUACCGGUGUGGCAGUUUCACGCUCAGUCUCUGCCUUCAGCCUUGACCGGCCCUUUGUCUUCAUCAUCUUUGAGGAUGAAACAGGCAUACCUCUCUUUAUAGGCAGUGUCCAGAACCCUAACCCCAAUGCUGCUCCCCAGAUAAAGGACCCAGGGGACUCAAAUGAAGCAACAGAUGUCAAUGAGUACCCCAUGCCCAAAUAAGAGAGGAGCAGAGCCUAAGUGUUCUGGGGUUGCUACCUGACCCUUUGGACUAGCUAGGAGAGGCCUCCUGUCCUUGAAGACCUCCCUCUGAGCCAGAGGAGGCAAUCCCUUGCUGUGUUCCUUUACAGAUCCCUAGAGACCAGUCCUAGGACAGCCCAUUCCAUUCUUGAUGAGCUUCUCCGGGUGAGGUUCCCCUCUGUUGAACCUGAAAAUCUUGCUCUGCCUGGAUUUCUCUUCCAGGGCUCUCAGUCCCAAGAGGCUUCCUUGUCCCCAGACUCUUAUUAGAGUCUUCAUUAAGCUUUUAUUAGAGUCCCCUGGAGCCUGGAAUCAUCAUUAGCAUCUGGCAGCUUGGACAACAGCCAGAGAUAUUAAUGUGGCUCUUCCUUCCACAGUUCCUGUGAACAUCUCCCUUGGAGUGUUCCUCUGCAAACCGUCUGUACCCACCUAGAAAAUGACCUCUAGCUCAUCUAGACCAGUAAUAGUUGUCUUCCCUAGGAUGCAUCACAGUUAUUUCCAGGCACAGGCUCUAUCAAAGAUUCCCUUUUCCCACUCCGUGCCUUUUGGGAUCUGAUGUGGGAAGGUCUGCAGUGGGAAACCCCUGUGGCUGCUUAUCUCCAGCCCUUUUCCAGGGAAGCUAAGUUCUGGGGUAAUGCUAGAUUUUUUCAAAAGAUAUUUUGUAAAGUGUUUUUUAGUGAUUUUUAUGUUGGCAAAACAAUAAAGAGUAAAGCAGAA